UCUGCAUUCUACUCAACUUUUUCUCUGAGUGAUUGCCAAAUUAAUGACUAGGCCACAAGUACUAAUUUUUUGGUGAUAGCCAAAGCUCAAGGACUGUUGUCUUUUUUUUUUCUGCCUAUUUUUGGGUGGAUUGGUCAUUUUCCUUUUUGUUAUUGAAUGUUAAAAGCAAUGCAGCUCCACAUAUCACCAAGUCUAAGGCAUGUCACUGUUCUUCCUGCUAAAGGUUUCAAGGAGUUCAUUAAAGUUAAAGUUGGCUCCAAAAGAUUGUCGUAUCGCAUGGUCUUUUACUGCCUUUUGUUUCUUACAUUCCUGCUCCGGUUUGUCUUCGUGUUAACGGCUAUAGAUACUAUUGAUGGAGAACGAAAAUGUUCGACCCUAGGUUGCUUGGGGAAAAAAAUUGGACCAACGAUUUUGGGGAAACGCCUUGAAUCAACUGUCCCCGAGGUGAUAUAUCAAGUAUUGGAGGAACCUUCAAUGCAAAAUGAAAUAAAGACAAGACCUGAAUCUCCUCAAACAUUGGAUGAGUUUAUCACAGAAAUGAAGGGUGGAAGACCAGACGCGAAAACUUUUGCUGUCAAGCUCAAAGCUAUGGUCACUCAGCUCGAAGAGAGAACAAGAACUGCCAAAAUCCAAGAAUAUCUGUAUCGGCAUGUGGCAUCUAGUAGCAUCCCCAAACAGCUUCAUUGUCUUUCUCUCAAGCUAGCACACGAGCAUUCCACCAAUUCCCACGCCCGUCUCCAAUUACCAUCGCCUGAGCUUGUCCCCACCCUUGUUGAUAAUUCGUACUUCCAUUUCGUCCUUGCCUCCGACAACAUUCUUGCUGCUUCUGUCGUUGCAUCAUCACUCAUGCAGAACUUCUUGCGCCCUGAAAAGAUAGUCCUUCACAUUAUCACAGAUAGGAAAACAUAUGCGCCUAUGCAAGCUUGGUUUUCGUUGCAUCCUUUAACACCCGCUAUCAUUGAGGUUAAAGGGCUGCACCAUUUUGAUUGGUUCACAAAGGGGAAGGUCCCCGUUUUGGAAGCUAUGGAGAAAGACCAAAAAGCUAGGUCACAGUUUAGGGGAGGUUCAUCAGCAAUUGUUGCAAACAGAACUGAGAAGCCUAAAAUCAUUGCUGCAAAAUUGCAAGCCCUCAGUCCCAAGUAUAAUUCGCUGAUGAACCACAUAAGGAUACAUUUGCCAGAGUUGUUUCCCAGUGUGAAUAAGGUAGUGUUCCUGGAUGAUGAUAUCGUCGUUCAAACAGAUCUUUCACCUCUAUGGGACAUCGACAUGAAUGGAAAGGUGAACGGAGCAGUGGAAACAUGCAGGGGAGAGGACAAGUAUGUCAUGUCAAAGCGCUUCAAAAGCUAUUUAAACUUUUCUCAUCCGCUGAUAGCAAAAUACUUCGAUCCAAGUGAAUGCGCGUGGGCCUAUGGCAUGAACAUUUUCGAUCUGAAAGCAUGGAGGAACACAAAUAUAAGUCAGACAUACUACUAUUGGCUCCAACAGAACUUGAAAUCAGAUCUAAGUUUGUGGCAGCUAGGGACAUUACCUCCAGGUCUAAUAGCAUUUCAUGGACACGUCCACACAAUUGAUCCCUUUUGGCACAUGCUAGGACUAGGGUACCAAGAUAAUACAACCGUAGCAGAAGCUCAAAGUGCCGGUGUGAUCCACUUCAAUGGUCGAGCAAAACCUUGGCUCGAUAUAGCAUUCCCACAACUUCGACCCUUGUGGACCAAAUACGUUAACUUCUCCGAUAAACUUAUCAAAAGCUGUCAUAUUAGAGCUUCUUGAAAUGAGGUGGCCAAAGAGUAUUGUUGUUAAAUGAGAGAACUAAGUUAGGGGAGAGUUCACGCGAACGGAAAGGCCUCCAAUUCCUGAUGAGAGAUGGCUAUACGCUGGAACUCUUCGCGAUUACUUGAAUUUCUGGUUCUCUGAUGUAUUUUAUUAUGCAGUUUAGAUUCUAUACAGUAUUAUCGAUUCUUUCUCCAAAAAAUGCAUGGUCAAAAUGAUACUAUAUUCGCCGGUGUUAA